GCGCGAGAAUGUUCGCCAUUUUGAUUCGAAAAUAUGGCUUAGUUUUGAAGAUGAGAAGGGGCUAACUUUUGUAUUGAUUUACUGCCGGUGAUAUAAAAGACAGUACUCUUAGUAACAUUCAAUAUACAAGGUACAAAUGUAAGGUAACUACCUGUACCUCAGCAAGUUGCAAGAGGCUAAUAUCCGUGCCACCAGGUUGACAGACUGCUUGUCAGACCGCGUCAGCCUGACCGAUCAAAACAAAUCACGUUUGGCUAGCUAACCAAGCUAACUAACGUCAGCCACUGCUUAUAGCUGACGACGGUAGCUAGCUUAAGUUGUCUAACUUCUACACUGUAGCCAUUACAGACGAGUGGGUUGUAGUUUGAAGAACACGGUUAUGAUGAGUCCUUCAGUGAGUCAUGUACUUAUAAAGCCUGUGUUCUGAGAGGAGACCCAUGCUGAUAAAUGCCAGGCCUCGCCACACUCUCUGCCAUCUGCACACUCACAAAUGCCUGCCUGUCUGUGGGGAAGAUCUGAUUAAAGAGACCCACAUUUUAUCUACUGGGCUGUGCCCCCUGUCCAAGCAGCUAACAUGUUCUGGAAGUUUGAUCUGCACACCACGUCCCACAUCGACCAGCUGCUGGACCGGGAGGACGUGACUCUGCGGGAGCUGAUGGAGGAGGAUGAUGUCCUGCAGGAGUGCAAGGCCCAGAACCGCCGGCUGCUGCUCUUCCUCUCCCAGGACCACUGCAUGACAGAGCUGGUCAACCUGAUCACCACAGAGCCCCCUGCUGACCUGGAGGAGAAGAGCCGCUUCAAGUUCCCUAACAUCGCCUGUGAGCUACUGACAUCAGAUGUGUCCCUUAUCAAUGACAAGUUGGGCGGGGACGAGUCUCUCCUUGAGACGCUCUAUCAUUUCCUUGAACAGAAGCCGCCCCUUAACCCUCUACUAGCCAGCUUCUUCAGCAAGACCAUUGGCAACCUCAUUGCUAGGAAAACAGAACAGGUCAUAUCCUUUCUGAGGAAGAAGGACGGCUUCAUAGGCCUGGUGCUAAAACACAUAGACGCCUCCGCAAUGAUGGACCUUCUGCUUCGCCUCAUCAGCUGUGUGGAGCCAGCCCCACUGAGGCAGGAGGUUCUCAAUUGGCUGAAUGAAGAAAAGCUGAUUCAAAGACUCACAGAGCUCAUCCAUGCAGGCAAAGACGAGGAGAGACAAUCAAAUGCAUCCCAGACGCUUUGUGACAUUAUUCGCCUUAGUCGAGACCAGGCCAAUCAGAUGCAGGAAAACGUUGAAGCAGACCCCUUAUUGGCUGUCCUAGAGUCACAGGAGAGCGUAGCAGGCCUCCUGAAGACAAUGUUUGAGGGGGAGAGAAGUGAGGCCUCCAUUGUUAACGGAACUCAAGUGCUACUUACCUUACUAGAGACCAGGAGGUCUGGGUUGGAGGGGCUGAUGGAUCUGUAUUCUCAGGGUUAUGAAAGGUCUUACACUGUAAACAGCAGUAUUCUACAUGCCAUUGAGCCCCAUCUAAAGGACUUCCAGCAGCUUCUUCUGGAUCCCCCUAAGAAAAGUGCAAUACUGACAACUGUUGGCCUUCUGGAGGAACCGCUGGGGAACGGCCCGCCUUCAUGUGGCCCGGCUGGUGGCCGCCCUGCUGCAGACCAGCGCCCCCAGUGUCUGUCAGAGAGCUCUGCAAGCUCACCACUAUGGACCAAGCUAUUGGACCUGUUCUUUAAGUACUCCUGGAAUAACUUCUUGCACUUCCAAGUGGAGCUUUGUGUGGCGUCCAUCCUGAACCACUCUGUUCCAGAGGAGAGACCCGCCCCGAGUCUCCAGAACCACAAGGAGGAGAAACCCCCAGACAACCAGGGGGAGGUAGAUGGGGAGGCUGUGGAGCAAGCCAAGGCCAGCAACACGGAGGAGACCUCGCUACACAACACAUUGGUGGCACAUCUCUUCCAGAAGUGUCGGUUGGUACAGAGGAUCCUGGAUGCCUGGGAGGAGAACGAUAAAAUACAGACUGAGGGAGGUGCUCGGAGAGGUAAUAUGGGUCACCUGACCCGAAUCGCAAACAUGGUGGUACAGAACCUAGAGAAAGGACCCAUCCAGUCUCAGAUCAGUGACCUCAUCAAAGAGUUGUCAGAGGACUGCAGAGGACGCUGGGAGAGCUUUGUGGAUGAAACCCUGAGAGAGACCAAUAGGAGAAACACAGUGGAACUGGUGAGCACCCAUAACCUGCACUCCUCCAGUGAGGACGAUGACAUGGAGAGCCCCUUCCCCAAUGAUCUGUCACUCCAACAGGCGUUCUCAGACUAUCAGAUUCAGCAGAUGACCGCCAACUUUGUGGAUCAGUUCGGGUUCAAUGAUGAGGAGUUCAGUGAGCAUGAUGAAAACAUCAAUGCCACGUUUGACCGGAUCGCAGAAAUCAACUUCAAUCUAGAUGCCGAUGAUAAUACUGCCAACGCGGCUGCCUUCGAAGCCUGCUGUAAGGAGAGGAUACGUCAGUUCGAUGACGCUGAAGAGGAUGACGACAUUUGGGAAGAGAAGGAGAUUAACUAUGCAACACAAGUGAAAUCCAGAACACGGUUUGGGGUUUCCCACACCUCAGAUGGCAGCACCGAGAACAGUCUGGAGAACGGGGGUCGGGAACGGGACCAUGGGUCGGGCUCAGACGACGACGACUCUAGACAAAGCGUCUCAAACACGGGCAGCCUGGAGGAGAGCAAGGACAUCACACCCAGUCCAGGCUGGACGGCCAGUUUUGGUGAGGCGGGGGGUAGCUCGUCCUCCCCGAGCCCUGCAGGGUGGGACUCCCCGGGGGAGAGCAGAGGAGACGCGCAGGAGGCAGACUGGGCUAACUUCACGGAGUUUCAGCCUUUCAGCAGCCCGGAGGCCGGUCCCAGGUGUAGCUCCCCCGUACGCAGCAGAGACAGACACGCCAAACAGGGUCAGGAGAACAGGGGUGCGUGCCCCUCUCCCAAAGGUGCGGGGCCCGUGGGUGAGGGGAGGAAGGCGCCCCUUGUAGCCUCGGAUAGCAGCUCCUCUGGGGGCUCGGACAGUGAGGAGGAAGACCGGUCUGCCACCGCCGCCUCCUCAGCCAUGAAAACUGCCGACGCCAACCAGAAAGCCCAAGUCAAAAGUGAGAACGCCUCCAUUCCCCUGGAGAAACUUUCACUCGCUGAUGCCCCAACGGCAGCGCCUGCAGCAGACACACCCUCUCACACAGACAACGUAGAGGACCCAACACAGGUCCAGUCCACAGAGGUGUCAGCAGUGAAUGGGCCUGUCUGAGGGGCAACAGACAGAGCCCUAACCACAGGCUUGUGUGACAGACUCUGCCAUUGCCAGAGACCUCCCCAUCCCCCAGAAAACCUCACUGCAACCUACAGUGUUUUAAUGACUCACGCUGCCAUGUUAUUGGACCCAGACUCUGCCAAUCAGCACCAAUAAUGAGGCAGAACAUGUGAAAAGCAAUUCAUCAUCCCAAACAACAAGCAGAACAGAGUGUAAAGGAAAUCCUCAGCCUUUUCUGGUGUUGCACAAAACUGUGCAGUUUUAAUGUAGCAGUCAUCUCUUAAAACGAAAAAUCCCAGGAGUCAACUUUUUUUUUUCCUUGAAGUGUUUGUUCUCAUACUCUAUAGAAAUGGUUGGACCAGAGUGGUAGGGAUACCAAUCAACGGAUAGCACAGGUUAACUUUUGAUGAAAUGAUGCCUCAAACAAUAAAUACAUUUCUGAAAUAUUCUUUCUUUGAGUUAAAAAAAAGCACUUACGUCGCCAUUUUACUGUACAUUAGCACAACGUUGAGUGUUCAACCUGCAGCUCUGCUGGCCAUCCUGUCUGUUUUUCACUCAGAUCAAGGAUUUUACCAAACCUAUUUCUUUUUUUUGUCAUGGAAAAAUCUUUAUUCUUGUACGUCACUAGUUCUCUGAAUGUGUGCUACAGGAGAGUCCAUUAAGGAGGAAGAGAGUUCUAUAGUAUUACUGUCUUCUGCUCAUGUGCAAUAAUAACAAUUAGACAUUUUAAUUUAAAAACUAAAUUGUUUUCUAUCAACUAAGUGUUGUGGACAGGACAAGACUCAUUCGGUUUAGUUAGGGGCACACAUUUUGGAUUUAAUCUCAACUAUUUCUUUUUGUUAUUGCAUUUUACUGGUUCUCCGUUGACCUAGCUAGUGAACUGAGACCUUCUGAUUGUAUUUGACUUUAAUUUCUUAUUGCUAUUCCCUUAAAUCAACCAAACAUUAUUCUACAUAUAUUCAAAUAUCUUCAUAUAAAGUAAUUUUACAAGCAAUGUUAAAAGUUUAGCCUGUCAGUGUUCAGACUUUCCUCUCAACACUUACAAAGCAAGAGUUACCUUUGCACCAGAAAUGGGGGAAGCUGUCUUGUGGCGAAUCAGGAUGAGAGGGUCACUCUUGGGUUCUGCAAAAUACUUGAUCUCUAGUGUACUUAAUCAUUUGACAGCUAGCAAGUUGUAUGAUUGUUGUUUUUAAGUUUUAAAUUUCACAAUUAAAAUGUCUUGGUUGACCACAUGAAUAGCA